CGUUAACUUGCGACGAACUUGCGAUGAGAAACUCACUGCAUUUGUGACAUUCUUCCAGUUCGUUCUUAGAUGAUUGUCUAGUAAUUUACCCUAAACUUCAUAUCAAAGUAGUAUCCCCGACUUAAAAUUUCAAUCAAAUCACUACCUAGUCAGAUCAGGCCCUUUAGCUCUAAAAUGGCAGGCCUUGUGAGCUACGAAAGUAGCGACGAUGAAGAAGUCGUGCAGCAGCAGCAGCCAGAUCCAAAGCCGCUGAAACAAACUCAAGAUACUAUUAUCAGUCUGGAUAAGAAGCCAGACGUCCCCGCAGAACCCAGCGCUGCCUCACAAAAACCAGAUGAGCAAGCAGCAGCCAUCAUCGGGCCACAGAUCGGCCCAGCAGCAGCCGCAGGUCCCAGCUUCCCCCCGCUGGAAGAAGCACCCCUAGAAGACGACGAGGACAGCAGCCCCGGCCUACCCCCAGGCUCGCCGUACACAGCAACCCGCGCGCUCCUGCGGGACCUAACGCUGCCCCCCAUUCCAAACACAGCCAUCCCGCCAUCGCCCCCGGGCUCACCGCCCCCCGGCACAAGCGCCAAGUUCGAGCGGUUCCUCGAGCUCAAGCGGCAGGGCGUGCACUUCAACUCGCGCGUCGCCCAGAACCCGUCCCUGCGCAACCCCGCGCUCACCGACAAGCUGCUGUCGUUCGUCGACCUCGGCGCCCCGCCCGACCAGUACCGGACUACCCUGCCCGCGGAUAUCUGGGACCCGGCUGCGUUCCCGCGCUGGGCGUACCGCGAGCAGCUUAAGCAGAGCCAGAGCGAGGUCGAGAAGGCUAGGGCUAGGACGAAGGGCGCGCCGGUGGAUUUCGUGGUGGCGGCGGCGGCGGCGGCGGCGGCGGGGGAUGGGCAGAGUGCUUCGCUGGGAGGGGGUGCGUCGAAGGCGAGUACGAGUACGGGGAAGCGGAAGACGAGGUUUGAUGCGUAGGAUGGAUGUUUUGGAUUUUUACGCUGGCACAGUUGUCUAUCUUGAAGGGAGGAUAGUAGAUAUGUGUGAGUGAGUCUUCAAGAUAGUUCGUAUUAUCUAUCUAUAAGCUUCACGCUCUAACUAUUCUUAGGUAGUUGGCUAAUUUCAGAUACCCAUUUCCUCAUUCAUUUGUGUGGUUCGUGUUUAUACGUAUAUUUGG